AUGAAAAUCAGCCAGAAAAUCGACCAGGCGAACAAGGAAGGGCGCGUAUGGUGGUCCUUCGAGUACUUUCCCCCACGGACGGCGCAGGGUCUCCAAAAUUUGCUUGACCGUAUCGAGCGAAUGCGUAGGCUGGGACCUGAGUUCAUCGACAUUACAUGGAAUGCUGGCGGUCGCACUUCUGACCUCACCUCGGAGAUGGUGAAGACAUGUCAGAGUCUCAUUGGUAUAGAGACGUGCAUGCACCUUACCUGCACGAACAUGCCGAAGGAGAAGGUCGACGUCGCGCUGAGGGAAGCUAAGCAGCACGGUUGCCGAAACGUUCUAGCGUUGCGCGGUGACCCACCCAUGGGCAAGGACGAGUGGGAAGCCGUCGAGGGCGGAUUCGUCCACGGCGUCGAUCUCGUCCGCCACAUACGCAACCAGUACGGUGACUACUUCGACAUCGCCGUCGCCGGCUUCCCGGAGUUCCACACGCUCCCUCCAGAUGAGCGCGACCUCGAGAUGCAGUACCUGAAGGCGAAGAUCGACGCUGGCGCGAACUUCAUCUUCACGCAGAUGUUCUAUGACGUUGAGAUCUUCCUCGACUGGGUGAAGGCCGUCAGAGCGGCAGGCAUCACGGUACCCAUUGUGCCAGGCAUUGCGCCGGUGCAGACGUGGAACGGGUUCCUGAAAGCGACGUCGCUCGCGAAAAUCUCAAUCCCCAAAUCAUUCAUGGUUGCUCUGGAGCCCUACCAGAACAAUGACGAGAAGGUCCGCGCGAUCGGCACCAAGUUGGUCGCAGAGAUCUGUCGGCGCAUCCUCCGGGAGGACAUUGGUAUCAAGGGUCUGCACUUCUACACCAUGAACCUGGAGAAAGCUACCAGAAUGCUGCUCGAGGAGCUGAGCCUCGUACCGCGUGUUGAGGUUCUCAAGCCUCUCCCCUGGCGGCAAUCCCUCACCCCAUCUCGGCGUGCGGAGAACAUCCGCCCCAUAUUCUGGGCCAAUCGGACAAAGUCGUACCUCUCGCGGACGGAGAACUGGGACGAGUACCCGAACGGUCGGUUCGGUGACUCUCGCAGUCCUGCCUACGGUGAACUGGACGGCUACGGUAUCUGGAUUAAGCAGACGAAAGAAGAAGCGCUUAAACUCUGGGACCAUCCCACAACCCCCGCACAGCUCGGAGCGCUGUUCAGCCAGUUUUGUUUGGGGAAGCUCGCUGCGCUGCCAUGGUCCGACCAGAUGCCGUCGUCGGAGACCUCCGUCAUCGCGACGCAGCUGGCGAAGUUGAACGAGUACGGCUUUCUGACCAUCAACUCACAGCCGGCGGUCGAUGGUGCGAGGUCUGACGACAGAGUUCACGGGUGGGGUCCUUCGAAUGGAUACGUCUACCAGAAGGCGUAUCUGGAGUUCUUCGUCUCACCCGAGCUACUGGAGUUGCUCCUGCCACACAUAGAGCGUGACACUAACAUCACAUACUACGUGAUCAACAAGCGUGGAGACCUCAGGACAAACACGCACUCGGACGGCCCUAACGCCGUGACGUGGGGCGUGUUCCCGGGCAAGGAGAUCAUCCAGCCCACAAUCGUUGAGGCCAUCAGCUUCAUGGCAUGGAAGGACGAAGCGUACGAGCUCGGCUGCCAGUGGGCCAACUACUAUGAGCCAGACUCUCCGAGCCGCAAGCUCAUCACCAACGUCAUGGACACGUACCUCCUCGUGAACGUCGUGCACAACGACUACAGGAAGCCCAGCGCGAUCUUCGAGCCGUUCUUCAAGGCCGGCGAGGAGUUCGCCACGCGGCAUCCGCCGCAGCCCGUCCUCAACGGACACGCCCACUAG